AUGUCCACGAAAGUCAUCAUUCCAGCUAAACGCGACCUCAGCGUUAGCAUUAAUGACGUUUUGCCGGAGCUGCUCGCGGUCAAGACUAUAUCACUAUCUCCUGACCGCCGUAGACCCAGAUCUCCGUCGCCACAGAACAGCCGAUUGGCAUCGCCGACCUCCAAUGCAAUAGAAACCGUCAGCUUUGUAAACAAUUCGAAAUCUACUUGCGUUUCCACGUUGUCAUCAACAGAGCUCGAUUCCAACGUGACGAUCAAGAAUGCUAACACUGAAGCUGAGAUUACUUCAUUGGCGUCGAAAGCUAUCGCAGAGGCAAAUCUGUCGCUUCUGGAAAAGCGAAUGCGCGUCGGAAAGUCGAAGCUUAAACACAGCCGCAGUUUCAGGGUUCCUGCUGGCAACGUUAUCAACCUUCAGCAUGAAAAGUAUGCGCUUACGUACGGCAUGAUGUGUGGUAUCCGAGAUUCGGCUGGACUCCAAAAGUCGUUCAGACAGCGGUUGACAAUGGACGACUUCAUGCUGGUCGACAAGAAGGUCUUCUCCGCCAACGCUCAGCUCCGACACCCUUUCAAGUUUAAAGACUACUCGCCUGGCGUGUUCCACCAAGUGCGUCGCCACUUUGGAGUAGAUUUGGCAGAUUAUAUGCUCACCCUUAGCGGGGACUUCAAUUUUAUCGAGUUCAUGUCGAACUCCAAGUCGGGCCAGUUCUUCUUCUACUCGCACGACGGGCGCUUCAUGAUUAAGACACAAACUAAGGACGAGUCCAAGUUCCUUCGCCGCAUUCUACCGCACUACUACAAGUUUGUGAUGGAGAACCCAAACACGCUCAUGACACGCUUCUACGGCAUGCACCGAGUGGAGAUGCACCACCUGCGAAAGAAAAUGCACUUUGUAAUCAUGGCCAGCGUAUUUGAUACGCCGUUGGAGAUUCAUGCGCGAUAUGACCUGAAAGGGUCACGCAUUGGACGACAUGCGUCAGCGAAGGAGCACGAGCGAGGCAAUGCAGGUGUCUUGAAAGACAACGAUUUGCUAGACAAGGGCUUCCACCUCCAGAUGAGCGUUGCCCAACGCACCAUGUUCCUUAUUCAGCUUCGCAAAGAUGUCGAUUUUCUGAAACGAAUGAAGAUUAUGGACUACAGUCUACUCGUUGGCGUGCACGACUCUAAUUGCACACGCGAUGAUCUGUGCACCAGUUCUGCAAUGAGUGACAGCCCUAUGAGUGUUACAUUGCAACAAGAAGGUGGCUACAAUUAUUUGCCCACUUCACACACGGGCUUAUACUCUGACUUCGUGCAUGUGCCGAUGUUGCGACCGUGUCGUUCGACAUCGAUGCCUGAAAGCGGGGCUCAACUGCAACCUCCUUUGAUACUCAGUGCGAUUACAAAUAUUCGAACGCGGCUUGCACUAUCAUCGCUAAACAAUUCUACGUGGAGCGACGGCUGCGCAGAUUUGAACUUGGACUCGGACAACGACUUUGAUUUGGACGAUUCCACGAGUAGUGAAGGUGGGUUUGGUCGCAGCUUCGAUGCUGCAUUUGGCGAAUACUGUUCACAGGCCAACGGAAGCUCAGCUGGGUCGUUGCCGUCUACACCGAAAGAUGCAGCCGCCGUGCCCCCUCUAUCUCCCCGUCUAUUCGAUGCUGCAGCGUAUGCCGACUACUCGGAGUCAGUCUUCUGCAGGGAUGACGGCGGCAUUUGCGGCCGCGAUCAACACGGCCGCAAGAAUGGGUUCGUCUACUUUCUAGGCAUUAUCGACAUUUUGCAGCAGUACAACACGCGCAAGAUCGCUGAGACGUUUUUCAAAGGCCUGCGUCAUAAUCGCAAGCACAUCUCGGCCGUGGAGCCGGAAUUUUACGGUGACAGGUUCAUUGAAUACAUGGAAAAGCACGUGGUACAGGACGACACAAUGAUUUCGCUCCGACCGUCAUCUUCAUCGUCGUCCGUCUUGGAAACGCAGACUUGUUCCAAUGACAAUGUCUGA